AUGACGGUAGACAUAUUUGAUGAACCAGAUGUGCAUUGCAAACCAAAUGCAUUAGUCGGUAAUUUUGGAUGGUUCCUACAAGGCCUUUUGGCUACAUUGGCAUUCCUCUGUUUAAUAAUAAAGCGAUUUUGUGAACCAAAAUAUGAUCGACGACCCUGGAAAGUAUGGUUUUUUGAUACUUCUAAACAAGGAAUGGGGUCUUUGCUUAUGCAUUCAGCAAAUUUAGUUUUGGCUGGUCAAAUUCAAGGUGAUCCAUGCACAUGGUAUAUGAUUCAUUUUUUAAUGGAUUCGUCACUUGGUCUUUUAUUGAUAUUUUUUGGUAUAAGAUUUUCACAACAUGUAGCAAGAGUAAAAAAUUGGGAAUCUUUUAACUUCGGAGAAUAUGGAAAACCAGAGUCAAUUAGAAUCUGGUUUAUUCAGUGUGGCUUAUAUUUGUCACUUUUAUGCUGUGUUAAAAUUGUUAUUACAUUGUUGAUUUCAUUAGAUAUCUGGCGAGUUAUCACAAAAUUUAUCAUGUCACCAUUUACUGACCCUAGAACAGAAUUAACUAUAGUCAUGCUUAUUAUACCUCUGUUUAUAAAUGCUCUUAUGUUUUGGGUGACUGAUGACAUUUUGAUGCAUAGAAGUCGUCAUCGAGUUGGUUUAUUGCGACGUAUAAAAAUACAAUACCAUAAAGUUCAGCAAAGUGGUAGACUUGAAGAUUCACCUAUUUCUGAUGAAGAUGAAUUGCUCAAUCUAGAUGAAACAUCAACAAUUCUACGAUCUAGUGGAGUUCAGGGUUUUUAA